CCAGUUUAUGAAACAAACGUGUAACAGAAGUUCGCUGAAGAUCUCCGAUCGUCUACUCUGCCCCAUCUGAUGUUGUGAAAGCUAUCAAGGAUGAUUUCCACCUUCUUUAUUCUCUUAACAAUAACGACAUCUCCUGGUUUAUUUCACACCGAUUUCACGGAAAAUGAAGUGAAGAUACACCGUAUUCAGAAUGACCCGACCUACUUUAUUUUGGCUUCAAGAGUUAUUCGUCCAGGUCAGCCAUACAGAGUAUAUGUAACCGUUUACCGGCCCUCAAUUCCAAUCACCGUUAAGGCGUCUAUUCAGAGAGACGGCGUUGACUUGGCCUCAACGACGAAACAAUACAGGUCCAAUGUCCCUGAAACCUUACUAUUGAAGGUGCCACCAAAUAGUGUACCAGGGGUGUACAAACUACGAGUGGAAGGAAACAUGAAUGGGGUGCUGGGAGGAACGGCGUUUGUCAACGAAACUUUGUUGGAGUUCUCUCAGCGAUCUAUGACCAUUUUUGUCCAAACGGACAGCCCUAUCUACCGGCAGGGACAGAUAGUUCGUUUCAGAACAAUACCCAUCAACACUAGCCUGAAAGCCUAUUCGGAUGCAGUAGAUGUUUACAUGUUAGGUCCAAGAGGAACAAUUAUGAGAAAAUGGCUUUCUCGUCAGACCAACCGAGGCGCUGUGAGUUUGGAAUACCAACUGUCGGAACAGCCUCCUUUUGGAACUUGGACCAUUCGUGUGGUAGUACAGGGACAAGUUGGGGAAAAAACCUUUCUGGUGGAAGAAUACUAUCAGACCCCAUAUGAGGUAAACCUAAGUAUGCCAGCGUUCUUCAUGGACACUAACGACUACAUACAGGGAUACGUCACAGCCAAUUAUUCCGGAGGAUCAUCAGUUUAUGGAAAUCUGACAGUAACAACAACAUCGAUGGAGUAUUUAGUGAACGAUAAUAGAAGCCGAUCUCGUUCGCCAGAACUGCAGCACGUGCUCGAUGUUUUUGAAGGGUUCGCCACUUUCCAAUUCAAGAUGCGAGAGUUAACUCAGCUUGUUUCGAAUACAGGGGGGAUCAAAGUCCGGGUGACGGCCUGUGUGGGUGAACUUUUCUUGGAUCGUGUAGAAUGUGGAUUUUCAGAGGCUAUCAUCUUUAAUUCAAGCAUCAAACUUCAAUUCCUUGGCUCUUCUCCUCAAGUAUUCAAACCGUCCAUGCCUUUCAAAGCUUACCUUGCAGUAUCUUACCAUGACGGAUCAGCACUACCACCAUGGCGUUUGUCCAAUCAAAAGCUGGACAUCAAGCCUAUUUUGACCCUGGUCAAUGGCGCCUCAGAAAAGCUGGACAUCAAACACGAACUCUUGUCUCCUGUUCGUCCGGGAGUCUGGGAGUUGGAGCUCGACUUAAAGGCCGAACUGGGAGGAAAGACGUUACUGAACAACGUUAAAACGCUUAGUUUAGAGGCCUAUUACAAAGAUGAAACGGGAGAAAGGUCAACAGCUAAUCUUCUUGUUUAUGCAUCCUAUUCUCCUACUGAGCGCCAUCUUCAGGUAUCUACAAGUACUAAACAUCCAAAGGUGAGGGAGUUUGUUAUUUUCCACGUAAGAGCUGACUACUUUGUGGAGAACUUUUCGUAUGUGGUUAUUUCUAAAGGAAUACUGUUGUUGGCUGGACAAGAAAAAAUGACAUCGAGUAUCAAAACCUUCGCCGUGGCCAUCACUCCGGAAAUGACGCCCACUGCUACCAUAGUGAUUUACGAUAUCGCUCGAGAGGGCGUGGUCAUCGUUGAUAGUUUGACGUUUCCAGUUGACGGAUUCUCCAGAAAUGAUUUCACAGUGAACUUGAAGAAGACGGGUAGCAAUGGAGAGACAGUGGAAGUUACCGUCAGUGGCCGACCUGGCACUUACGUGGGCGUUUCUGCAACCGACAGAACCCUAUUCAACAUGCACUCAAGCAAUGAACUCAAUCAUGAUGACAUGCUGUACAAAAUGACGACUUUCGACGACUCUGCUAAUGGAACGUUUAUGCACGUGUUCCGCUCGAGAGAGGGGAAACCUGAUGAAAUACUACACUUUCCUUCUUCAACAUAUGGCAUUGAUGCUAAGAGGACUUUUCAGUAUGCAAACUUGAUCGUGUUUACAGAUGCGAAUGUAACAAGUCAACCAGAUCGGUGCAACAGUAAGAAAGGCUAUGCAGCUUGUAUGGACGGAAUGUGUUAUCCGGUCAACAAACAAUGUGAUGAACAACUGGACUGUAAGGAUGGUUCGGAUGAAAGCGGAUGUCAUCUGAAGAGUGAGUUAAACCUAACACACUUCAAGCUACAUCGAGGGAGCCGGUUAUGGCAGAUGUAUGAGAACUCACGAUUGUGGAAAGAUAUCAACAUUGGCUCUCAAGGUUAUCAAACCUUUCACUUUCCAUUAUCUAACAUUCCAACCAACUGGAUAAUCACAGCCUUUGGAACGAACAGUAACACGGGUUUUGGAAUUAUUGCUCCUGUACUAGAAUUUUCAAGUGUGAAGUCUUUCUUUAUGAACGUCGAGAUGCCACAAAUAUGUAAAGAAGGAGAACAAAUCGGAAUUAAAGUUACUGUUUGUAACUACAAAUCAGUGGAGACUGAGGUAUUCGUAAGCAUAGCCAAGUCACAAGAUUACAGCUUUGUUACCCUGGAAACCUACGGUCGUCAGACGGAACAGGAACACCAAGUAACGAUUGCCCCAGGACAAUGUGAAGUGAUAUAUUUACCAAUUGUGGCCGUUCGGCAAGGGGAAAUGAACGUCACUGUUAUGGCUAAAACUCAACAGUUUAAGGAUCUGGUCAUCCGUCGCCUACACGUAGAACCUGAUGGAAUCCCUCAACAUCGCCACACCUCGCUUCUUCUGGAUCUAAGCCAGGGGUCUUAUUUCAUCAAGUAUUUAGAAACUAACAUUAGCAAGCCACAAUUUUUAUCUGGUCAGAAAGAACGACCUUACGUACCUGGCUCUAAUAAAGUUAAAUUAACUGUUUCAGGUGGUGUUGUAGGCCCUGUUUUCUCGACCAUGCCUGUAAACUCGACAACUUUACUUCGUAAACCUUGUGACGGUGGAGAGCAGAACAUGUUUAACUUCGCUGCCAAUUUAUACACUCUUCUAUAUAUCCGUCAGACUAAUCAGAAGAUACCGGAAAUGGAGAGAGAAGCGCUGCAUUACCUAAAUAUAGGUUAUCAAAAUCAGCUCAGUUACCAGAAUGAAGAUGGAUCAUUUAGAAUGUUCCGGUGGAAUGACAAACCCAGUGUCUGGUUAACCGCGUUCUGUGUUCAAGUAUUUCACAAAGCAGUCUUGGAAGAUUGGAAAAACUUUCUUUUCAUCGAUCCAACAGUAAUUUCAAAAGGUAUCAAGUGGUUGUUGAAUUACCAGUCACCAGAUGGCGCGUUUUAUGAAACAGACCUCUUUCCUUAUGACAGGAAAAUGAACUUGACAACAGAACGGAUUGGAGACAUUGUACGUCACAGGAAUAUCUCUCUUACAGCACACGUUCUCAUCACGUUGUCGGAGGUGAAGGAUUUGAGUGGAGAACUCGGAGCAAGGGCAUCAACAAGCAGAACAGCAGCACAGAGGUAUCUUGAGAAAACAAUCCACAUUAUAAAGAGCUAUGAAGAUCCCUUUGAAUUAGCCAUUGUAGCUUAUGCUUUAACGCUGUCUUUCAGUAACCAUGGUGAUGAAGUUUUUAAUCUUCUGGACUGGAAGCUGAAAGAAUCGAGUGGAAUGAGGUACUGGGCAUCUGAGCCUGUUCCUUCUCCUCAAACCUCCAUAGUAAACAAUCGACCUUAUCUUUUACCUAAAUUACCUCACAAAUACGAGGCCUGCAACAUUGAGACGACAGCGUACGGUCUGUUAGUGCACGUGGCAAGACAGGCUGUCAUUCAGAAGGAGAUUGUUAAAUGGUUGGUCGCUCAAAGGUCACAUGAUGGUGGAUGGGCUUCCACUCAAGAUACCCUUUUAGCCAUCCAAGCGCUAACCGAAUACAGUGUCCACUCAGGACAGAGAGAAGGUACUGAUAUCACACUAACAAUCGAAUCAUCAUCAACUCCAGGCUUUGUGAGACAGCUUCACAUUGGUGAUGACAAUCUUUCAAAAUCUCAAAGUAUAGAGAUACCGAAUGGGUGGGGAGCUGUGAUUGUAAAAGUCCAAGGAUCUGGACUGGCCAUAGUCCAAUUGUCUAGUCAGUACAAUGUGGAUUCACCGAAGUUGCUGACGUCACCACCAGUAAACGCAUUCUCUUUAUUGGUUCGUGGUCAUUUUUUCGGAAGAAACAGUUCGCAUAUAACAUUCCAGACCUGUCAGAGGUGGACCAACCAAGCCGAGAGUCAGGAAAGUGGUUUAGCAGUAUUAGAGAUGAGCAUUCCUACUGGGUAUGCAGUUCUUCAGCGAGAACUUGACAGCUAUGUUCAGUCUGGUCAAGUUAAAAAUUUGCGACAAGCAAAUUACAGGACAAGAAGAGUUUUCUUCUACUUUGAUUAUUUAAGUGCUUAUGAAAGUUGUAUUUCGUUUACUGUACAUCGGUGGUAUCCUGUAGCAAAUUUAACGAGACACUUGGAAGUCAAGGUUUAUGACUAUUACGCACCAGAGCGUUACAAUCAGACAAUUUUUGAUACAUCAAAUCUUCAUUCGUUAGACAUCUGCCAAGUUUGUGGAUCGUACCAAUGCUCGUGUGAUCCAGGAUACAGCUCAUCUGCCAUUAUCCAAAGAAACCACGUGGCGUUAGGCUUCGUUCUAGUAUAUUUUGUGUACAUUGUAUUAUCUGGCUCAAAGGAAGUGUGAAUAUAAUAGCAUUCAAAUCUUUAAAAAAUGCUUAAAGGGUUACCUUAUGGAAGAGACCGAAUGUUUGUAGAAUAGUUUCAAUGGCUUAAUGAGGAUUUCUUGUGCAAAGCCUUCUUGAAUUAAGAAGAUAAUAACGUUGGUUUUUCCUGACACGGGCACGAAGCUCAAAUAUUGGAUAAAACUUCUCAACGUCGCCUCUUUUCGUAGAAGCCUACUCUAACCGUAUGAUUUCAUACAGCUUUAAGAACGUCUUGUUCCCUCUUUUGUUUUUUCACCAGUAAUUUGUGCACUUUCAAAAGAAAUUGUUUUCGUGAAAAUGUCUUAGUACAGAUGUGGAAGUAUCAGAGAGAGAGAGAACAGUUUAUGAACAGUUACCGUACUUCCUCACACAGCGUAAGUAAAUAAAAGCCAGAAAUAUAUAUAUACAGAUCCAUAAAUAUGUACAAAAAAUGUUUGUGUAAUAUCUUUAGACAUUGAAAGAACUAAGAAAGUAGGAUUUUAACAGGCCCCUCACGAGCCAGUGGAGGACAUUUUUGUUUAAAAAAAAAAGAGCUACCC